AUGGCGGCGACCAACGCGAACCGUUUCUCGACAUAUACCAGCGCCUCCGGUUCUGGCGGCUCCGAGGGCAAGAAUGGCGAGCAGAAGAAGGACAUGUGGAGCUCCAUGCUCGACUCCGUCGCCAGCGGGAAGCGCCUACCGGAGAAGAACCUGCUUGUGAUGGGUGGCACCGUCGAGUCGCAGAGGGACUUCAUCCAGUCGCUUUCUAGCAACGAGAUGCGGAGGAACUUGGACAGACAGAAUAAGAUCCCGCCUGUCGCCAACCAGUUUGCGCUCGGCUACACCUACUACGACCUCCUUGAUGCAGACCACGAAGAUAUCCUCGCCCGCAUUUCGACGUACCUCCUCGCCAGUCCCUCACCCUCCUUCGCCCCCUUGAUCAAACCUCUCCUGACACCGCAGUCCAUACCGAACACCUUACUUGUUGUCCUAUUGGACUGGUCUGAGCCGUGGUCCUGGGUCCGGCAGCUCAGGGAGUGGAUGCUUCUUCUGCGCAUCGUCCUGCUAGCCCUGCCGGACGAGAGCAAGAUAACCAUGGAAGAGGUCAUGAGCCAGUGGAAAGAGAGAGGUCGAGGCGGCGCAGUAAACCUGGACGGUACCGCCGCUACGGCUGCCGCCGAUGGAGAUGUGUCGCUGCCGCUGGGACCAGGAGAGUGGGAAGAACCAUUAGGCCUGCCACUCUGCGUGGUCUGCCAGAAUGCUGAGCAGAUGGAAAUUCUGGAAAAGACGCAGAGCUGGAAGGAAGAAGAAUUCGACGUCGUCCUGCAGUUCAUGCGGACAAUAUUACUCAGGCACGGCGCCUCUCUGAUCUACACAGCACCUUCGGUAUCCUCACAACUACAAACCCUCGUCCACUCGAGUCUGGGCAUAUACUCCCUGCUGAAGAAACAACCGCUGAAGCCUAAUGUCAUCGACCGGGACAGGGUGGCUGUGCCUCCAAACUGGGAUUCAUGGGGUAAGAUCAGAGUACUGAGGGAAGGCUUCGAUGUGGAGGCCGUGAGCGAAGGGUGGUCCAUCGAUCUGGAGAGCAAGUUCCCGCCCCCGGGUCGGAAUGCCAAUCCCGCAGAGAAUGCAACGGUCACUGGGACUGAAUACGACGCCGACGGCUACGAGAUCACCCCCGGAUCGGCGGUGAUCAUGUUCGAAGAGUCGAUCCGCAAUCCAACCCACGACGCACUGCAGAUGGCCGGACGAGACACGCAUUCCACAACAUUGGAGGUCGAGACGCAGGACACCCAGAUCUUCCUUGAGGCGCGAAACAAGCAGCUGGAGGCAUACAGGCAGAAGAUCGAGGAGGAGGAUCGGGACCGCGCAGAUGCAAAGGCGCAUCUCAAGGACCAGAAGGCUAAGGAGGCCGACGAGGACAGCAAGACCACCAACGUCAGCGAUCAUAUUGGGCCGGUGCAAUUCAACGUCGGUGGGAUUCAAGUAGACGCCGAUGACAUGAUGAAACGCUUACAGGAUCGUCAAACAUAUGCUUCAUCACCUGAACCGGAGAGCCCGGCUGAGGAGGCCACAGACCAGCAGCAGCCCAUCGAUACCGAGAAUUUGCAGAACUUCUUCGCAAAUCUGAUGAAUCGUAAGGGACCAGGGGCCAAGAACGGGGCCUAG